AGAAGUAGGUUUGCCUGACUUAGUUCCCAGCUUGACUUUUCCCUUUAGCUUAGUGAGGGUCCAAGAAUUAUUUUCCUUACAAAACUUAAUGAAGAAAUUGCACUAGGUCUUCUAGAUAUCUGAGUUCUUUUGUUUCUAAAUUUAAUAAUUAAACCAUACCUCUGGAGAAUAACUAGAGGCUGUCCUGUGAUAAGCUCACAGCACGCAGGAAACAAGCACAACCUUUGUGAUACACUGUUGAAUUUCCUUCUGAGACAUCACCCAGGCUGUGAACCCGGCUACAUCCUGGGCCUCAGUACAGUAACUCUUCCUAACUUGGGUCUGGUGUAGUCGGUAAUCUCUUUCCUCACUGCCAACUGCAGCACCAUUGCAUAACUCCUGGAAAUAAGCCUCUGCUGGAGGACUCCGUUCUAUACAAUGUUUUUAUCGGUAACCUAGAUGAACUCAGAGAGUAUUCAAAUGCCCCCAAAGAAAUUAAUCUACAUUGGAUAGGAAGAGAACUAUUCAACAAGUCUUGUGAAGCUUAGCAUGAUGAAGAGAAAUCACAUGCUGAAAUGUUCUGGAGAUAAAUGUGGCGUUCUAUGUUUGAGUUUGACAUAACCGUGAGAAAGCCCAAUAGAGGGCAAAUGAAAUCUAUCAUGCUAGUUUCAAAACGGUCCAAGUACAGAGCAUGGCAGCCCCUCAGAAGUGAGUCCUUACUACUGUGAACCAACUUUUCCUGAAUUUAAGCAUUUUAAAACCCAUGUCAUUGCUUUUCUUCCCACUUUAAGGUAGCUGCCUUCCCGAUGUCCCCAGAGCAGUAGGUGAUGAUGCAAUAAUGACUCUUCCUUAAUUACAGUAUGAAGAGAGGAAUUGUAAAAUUAUGAGAAAAAUUGCCACGAUCAUCCAAGAAUUUAAAAUAUCAGUGGAAGCAGGAAGCACGCCCUGGAUGGGCACUCCUGGAAGAGAUAGCAUCUCCAUGUGCCUAGAAGGAGACCUUUGCAAUUCUUUUCUAUGAAUCAUGUGACAAAGAUGCACCAAGAACUGCUUCUUCCAGUGAAGGAGACGGACUUCCUGGUUUCAGAGGAAAUGCAUUUACAGUGUUUCUUUGCUUUUAGACAUCCAGCCCAAGAGUUAUGUUGUACUCAAUCUUCGUAUUUUUCUCUACCUUUUGUUUUUCUUUCGUCAUUUUCGUUUUGAGAAUAAGUAUGUAUGGGGCCUUCCCUGUACCCCAGAGAUCACGUUGAAUCAGAUCUAGCUGUGGCUUCCAAGCCAUUCUGGCCCAGAGGGGACUGUGACUUUGUGAUUGUGUGUGCUCAGUACGUGGCACAUAAUCAGCUCCCAAUGAUAGCCAGUGUUCACUGAGUGCUUAGGCACCAUGCUAAGUAUUUUGUCUAUUAGCUCAUUUCAGCCCACUGUCCAUAAAGUAGGUAUAGCUUAUCUUAGGUAAAACUGAGGCUUAGAGAGGUUAACAAGGAAACUUGCCUGAAGUUACAUAGCUGACAAAUGAUGGAGUUGGCCCUCAAAUCCACACUUGGAACCACCGCACCUGACUACUUCUCCAGAAGUAUGUGUUAAAUUAACAACUAAACGCUUGACAUGAGAAGGAUGUAGGCCAAGCCAUGACAGAAGAUUGCAUCACAGUGAUCAGAAGAUAUUUCAUGGCAGAUUCUGCUUGAGGCAGGACUUAAUGAAAAAGAGUAAUGCAGAUCAGUAGAUGUGAGAGAAGCCAUUCCAGGCAGGAGUGAAGAGGUCAGGGUUGGCAAACACAGAUGGCUUCGGUUUGUCAAUUAUGGUGUCUGUUCACUGCCUCCAUGACCCUCUCCCACUCCACCAUGGCUGAUUUGAUCAGGGGUGUUACGAACUGAACAAUGUCUCUCUCCCAAAUUCCUAUGUUGAAGCCCUAACUCCCAGUACCUUGGAAUGUAACUGUAUUUGGAGAUGGGACAUUUAAAGAGGUAAUUGCUUCAAAAUGAAGCUUUAUCCUUAAAGGAUGGACCACAUGGUGUUUGUGAGUCCUCUACAUUCUGUGCUGUGUCUGUAAGGGUAACACCAGCUGCUGUAACAAAUAAGCCUCACACUUCACCAGCUUAUUAUGAAAGAACUUUGCUUCUUGCUCAUGCACUAGUCUGUGAGAGGAUAGCUGGUAUAGAGGACAGUUUUCUCUGUGUGGUGAUUCGUGGACCCAGGUGCCCUCCAUCCUGUGAUUUCAUAUCCUUUAGAGCCUUAAAGUCCAACCAGCAGAUGGGGAAGAGGAAGGUGGGAAAGACACACUUGUUCCUUGGUCAUCUUGGCCUAGAAGUGAUACAUAUCACUUCGGCUCACACUCCAUGGGUGAGACCUGGUUUGUGUCUGUCCCUAGAUGUCAGGGGGCCUGGAGAGUAUGGCUUGGGAUGAAAAGAUCCUUACUUUAUAGAAAGGGAACAGGAACACCUGGUGGAAAGCUGGCGGGUCCUCCCACGUGGUUGCAAUUUAGUUCUGAGCUUGUCUCCAGCCUCAGCUCCCUGCAAACAGUUGCCUUGUUUACAAGAGAAUCUGGAAGCCAGUGGUCCUGGUUUAUUGCCUGUAAUAAUUUUUACAGCUAACCAAAGGGGCCAUGGCUGCUGGGCGAAGCUCCGACAGUUCAGGGGAAUGGUGUUCACAGCAGGGUCUUGAAAGGGCCAGCAGGAGCCCAGGAGAAACAGGAGCGUGACUCCUGAAUUUGCAGCACAAGAAGGGGAGGAAGAGCUGAGCAGUCAGCAGUGUUCUGGAAUGAGGAAGCAGGCUGUCUGCUUGCUUUCAUUUCUUAGGACCAGGCAGUUAAAUGGCACCUGUACCAGCUCGGUAGACAUGGAGCUCUUCCUCCAUUACUCCCUCAUCCCAUCACUCUUCAUCAUUUUGAUCUUGUCCUUCCUCCAAAGACGAGAGUAUUGUAGACAGAGAGAUGAUACCUCUUACCUCCUGGGGAACCGCUUUGGAAUUAUCAUGCCUCUGGACUUCGUGGGCACUUUCAGUAACCGAUGGUCCUAUGGAAUCGCCUUUGGGGCCACAGCCAAUAAGGUCAUGUUUUUGUUCUCAGAAGGCUACCAGCCCCUGCAGAUCCCGCACUGGGCCCAAGCCUUUGAGCUUCUGAUUGGAGGCCUUGAAGUUGGCCUGUCUCACUUCCCCUUCUUUGCCUGCCUCUCGUCGGAGUUCCAGCUGGUCAGCUCCACCCUGGGCUUCUGCUACUCUCUUAUCUGGUUUGCUGUCACCAUUCUUCAAGUUUCACAGUGUCCCCAUGGGCAGUUUGUGGGGAAGUACGAGACCCUCGUGUUCUACUGGCCCUCACUGCUGUGCCUCGCUUUCCUGCUGGGCCGCUUCCUGUAUAUGUUUGUCAAGGCUCUGAGGGUGCACCUUGGCUGGGAGCUCCAGGUGGAAGAAAAGCCUGUCCUGGAAGCGCACCAGGCAGAGCACGUCAAGCAGCUCCUGAGGACACCCUGCCCACAGUAAG